AUGUUGGAACCACUCGCAUUUUGCUAUCGAAGAGCCGUCGAUGCCGGUGUGAUAUGGCUAAAUGGAACCAAAUUCUUUCCUAUCUACGGGAAGCUCUGGCACAAUGCGCAGCUACGUUAUGCAGCCGAUGGAGGAACUAAUUUUGUUUAUGAUAAUUUGAAGCAGCAAAAUUUAACGGUUCCUCCCGAUCGGAUCGUUGGAGAUAUGGAUUCGAUUAGGCCCGAAUUGUAUGAGGCAUUGAAGGCUAGUAUCCCAAUCGAAAAAAUAGAAGAACAGGAAACGACUGAUAUGACAAAAACCUUCCGAGCGCUUAUCCGGGAUGCCAAGAAAAAUAAAAAACCGAUCAAUAUCGUCUACGCCCUUGGCGGAUUAGCUGGACGGUUUGAUCACGUAAUGGCGGCCUUAAAUACUUUGGUGACAGAAUCGACUGACGAUGUCUUACGUUGCAUUAUCCACGAUACAAAUGUGGUACUGGCACUAAAGAAAGGAAUUCACGACAUCGACCUUGGUGAAAAGUAUGAAACCUACACGGCCGGUAAAUGUGGUUUGAUCCCGAUUUGCCAAGAAGAGACAAUCGUUACUAGCAGUGGCUUCAAAUGGAAUUUAGUAAACGACGUGCUAAAAUUUGGAGGCAUGGUUUCGACGUCAAACGAGAUUGUUGCCCGCUUUCUCCAGAUCGAGACUUCAGCACCGUUGAUAUUCACAUUGGAAUUGAAGAAGGAAUUCGUUGAAAACGAUGGCGAC